ACUCUGUCGUCUUUAAUAAUAUAUAAGACAUUAGAUGGAGAAGGAUGGGUCAAACCACAUUUCCCCAUAGCAUUUGAACGCAUCACUUUAAGGAGUGGAAAAGUGUCAGCAGCUCAUUUCAGCCCAGCGCCUGUUGCAACAGCCACAGUGCCUCUGCAUCAUCUCAGUGAGAAAUGGCUCCAAAAAAGCCCACAAAGGUUCUAGAAGAUAUCUUGGAGAACCUGUCAGAGAGGAACUUUAAGAAGUUCUGCUCAGGACUUGUGGGCCGGGAUAAGCGUGUCAAGAAGAACCAGGUGGAGAAUAAAGACUUCUUGGAAGUUGCAGAGGUGAUGAUUGAGAAAUACGCAGAUGAAGCUCUGAAGGUGGCCGAGGAGCUGCUCAGAGACAUCGACUGCCAACAGGCAGCAAACGACUUGGUUGCAGAGGUUAAAGAGGCAGGUUUACGUUGGGAAGAUGAUUCCACCAGUGAAAUGACAGUGAAAGACUUUUGGAUGUCCAAAAAGGAUGAUCCAGAGGUUUACUGUGUGACUGAAGACAACUACAGGAACCGCGUCGCUCUGCUGAUCACUAACAUCAAGUUUUCUGAUGAGAAACUGGACAGACAUGGAGCAGAGAAAGACGAGGAGAACAUGGAGAAACUUCUCCAAAGUCUGGGAUAUGAGGUGGUAAAAUGCCAAAACCUCACUGGAAAGGGGAUUGAUGACGCUUUAAAAGGCUUUGCUAAACAUCCCAAACUGAAGCAGACUGACAGCGUGUUUGUGGUUAUUAUGUCUCACGGCAAACUGGGGAAAAUUCUUGGGGCUGACUGGAGAGAGGACAACCCAGAUGAAUUUGCAGUUGACAAAAUUUACAGAUGCCUGAACUCCAACGGCUGUCAGGCACUAAUAAACAAACCAAAGGUCGUCAUCCUACAGGCCUGCAGAGGAGUAAGAAGUGGAGCCACAACUUGGGUCCAUGACGGUGAAAGCACCGGGCGCCCUGCUCCACCGCCUGAGGACCAUGUACCAGAGCUGGAUAAAUCUGCACACGUAGAAAAAGACUUCAUUGCUCUUCUCGCCAGCACUCCUGACAAUAAGGCGUACAGAGAGACACAAAAUGGGUCCAUCCUCAUCCAGAACAUCGUGAAGGUUUUCACUCCAGAAUCAUAUCAGAAACACAUUAUUGAUCUUUUCACCAAGGUCCAGGACCUUGUUUCAAAAUGUGGUGACGACCAACAGAAACAGAUGCCCGUUAUUGACAGAAUGACGCUGAACAAGAAGUUUUAUCUCUAUCCUGGACUCCUGGACAGCAGCCACUAAUAUGACAUGUUUUAAUAUGAUAGGAAGUAGAACGUUUAGUACUUUUUUCUCUGUCCGAUUAUGUAUAACGGAGCAGUAAGUAAAUGUGACAAGUUUCCUUUUGAGUUACGAGAUUCUGAAAGUGUGGAUUCUAAACUUCAUAAUGAUAUCAAACAUUGACAAAAAAUGAGGAAGAUAUGGUCAGCUGAAUGCUAGUUUAAAGUUUUCCCCAAACUGCUGAUCUGCUAACUAAUUCUGUUACUUUGCAUUAAUUCCACCUUCAGCACUGAAAAACUCUCAUUAACCAGCUUCUGUCUGGCUGAUCUAGCUGGAAAUAUACAUUUCUAAAAGUUUUCACAUGUUGUGAGUUUCUGUCUUGUCAGUGUUUGUCAUGGAGUCAUCUGUAAAAAUCUGAAUUCACUUUAACAAGAAAUCUACAUCACACCAUCAUCCUGUUCAGUGGCUUCAGUGACUGUAUUAUUGACAUUAAACAAGACCAAGACAAAAGUAAUGACACAAAAUAACUUUAAUCUACAUCUAUGUACAUAAGAGACAUUAUGACAAAUUUAAAUGGCACAUAGUUUUAAAUCUGUGGUUGUUGGAUUAUCAUGAUUUCUGGAUGUUUGGGUUUUUUGGUUUGUGGUUUUUGUUUCGGGUUGUUCAUGGUUCAAAGUUUUGCAUUAUUAGUUUUUCUUUGUAAGUUUGUUUGUAUGAAUUAUUCUGGGGUCCUGAAUAGUUUCUGUUAUUUCUGUUAGUGCUUUAGUUUGUUUCAUUCUAGAUGAAGUCAGUAAUCAGGCCCGUUGCAUCUACCUGAGUUCCUGUAUCACUCAUGGUGCUCACCUGUUUCACCUGCCGCUCCUGUCUUUGCUCACUGCUGGAUUCUUGUUUCUGAUUCGAAGAAACAACAUGAAAGGAAGGCAGCAGGUGUGCACAUUACCCGUACCCAAUAAAGUGACAAAAAACAACAAUACAGGACUCUUCUGAGGUCCUGGAAU